GAUGGGGCUGCGCGCGGGCGGAGCGUUGGGCAGGGCGGGCGCGGGCCGGGGGGCGCCCGAGGGGCCCGGGCCGAGCGGCGGCGGCGCGCAGGGGGGCAGCAUCCACUCGGGCUGCAUCGCCGCUGUGCACAACGUACCCCUGAGCGUGCUCAUCCGGCCGCUGCCCUCCGUGCUGGACCCGGCCAAGGUGCAGAGCCUCGUGGACACGAUCCGGGAGGACCCCGACAGCGUGCCUCCCAUCGACGUCCUCUGGAUCAAAGGGGCCCGCGGCGGCGACUACUUCUACUCCUUCGGAGGCUGCCACCGCUACGCCGCCUACCAGCAGCUGCAGCGGGAGACCAUCCCCGCCAAGCUGGUGCGGUCCACGCUCUCGGACCUGAGGGUGUACCUGGGCGCCUCCACCCCUGACUUGCAGUAGCAGCACCUGCCCCCGCCCUGCCCAGGCCCCUACACCGCCGGGCAGAGUGCGGCGGGGCGCCCCCACGGAAGCCCGGGCGUCCCCCUCUGCACACACGGGACCGCGGCCUUGUCCCCGAAGGAUCCCCGAGGAGGAGGGCGUGAGAAAGGAGAUGCGCAGCAAAGCCCGGUGUCCCGGGCCAGGCUCCAGCCCCCAAGAACACGGACCUUCCAGAUUUUUGGCUUUAUAAUAUCUGUUAUGUGGACAGUACAAUAGAAAAGAAGGGAAAACCUGAGCGACAGGGGCUUAAACAAAAUGGGUUUGUUCCACACGGCCUGGAAUCCGGAGACCAAUGAGGAGCAUGGCAUUCCCUCACUAACUCGGUGAGGCUCAGGCCCACUUCCCUGAGAUGCUUCUGAGUGCCUGCAGCGCUGCUUACCUCGUGGUCACAAGACGGCUGCCAUAUCUCCAGAGAUCAUGUCAGUGUUUAAUGAAGAAAGGAGUAGGGGAAGGGGAAGGGCCAGACCAGCUCAUCUAUCAACUUUUUAUCAGAAAGGAAAUCUUUCAGAGACUGGAGGGGUGGGGGAUUCCCCUCUUUCUGUGUCUCUCUGUCUCUGUCUGUAUAACCACACACACUCAUCCACUCUGAGUCACUGGCCUGCCCUUGAGCCUUGGGCAUCCAGGGGAAGGGCUGGGGAGAGGCAUCCCUCAAUGUCAGCACUGGCAGAUGGGGUGCAUGGAGUGAACAGGUAGGACAUUCCAGAGGGGCUUCUGCAAACCUGGUUGGCAAACCAAAGUGCAGAGUGAGGGGGGCCUUGCUUCCACUGACCUCAGAGACCCCAGUCACUGGACACUUCCAAGCAUCUGUGUCCCCAGCUGGGGAGCUAGGACAGCAGUUUUGUCACCCUCUGAGUGUUCAGGGAGCAAGGCUGAGAAGGAAGAAGAUGCAGUGUAGGUGGUAGUAGACGGGUCUGGACACAAAAAAGUGACAUUGGAGCUGAGCGCUGGUGGCUCUCGCCUGUAAUGCUAGCUACUCAGGAGGCUGAGAUCUGAGGAUUAUAGUUCAAAGCCA